AUGAGUUCGCACAGUCAUGCUGCAGCCAUCACCGAAUCCAAGAUAGGCUUGUCCCCACUUGAUCCCCGCCCCGAAAUGGCGAUUAUCCUCAAAGUCAUCGAUGAACAACAGACAAGAAGGAUCGUCGUUCCAGAUAAUGCCUCGGAAGUACUCCGACUGUUUGUCAUUGAUAUUGUCAUAGAAGGUCUCCUUGGGAAAGAGUAUCCUCGACCUGAUAAAAUCAGCAAUGACUAUGAUUCCAUGGAUAGGGCGCCAAUCCAAUUUCUCCGUAGGAAGUGGUACUUUAACACCGAAAUCAUAGUUAACUUUAACGAAGCUUUUAUGAGAGGUUGUUUCUUUGCUGUUUGA